AUGCUGCUGCCGUCUGCUCAUCUCUCGCGCCGCCUGGCAAUAGCUGGCCUUCUCCUUUUGGCCCUUCUCUGCCUCGCCUACCCCCGUGAAGACGUUCACAGCAGGGACUCCCGGGUCUACUCAUCUCCAGCACUGGCUCACCAGCCUGGAGAAGUUGGUCUCGUCGUCAAACGCACUUGGGAGUCUGAACAAGGCCCUUUCCCCGCGGGACCUCGGGAGGGGGGCGCCGAAGAUGAAAGGAUCGUGACCGAGACCGCCGUCUCGGCAGGCCUCAGCACCGAAAGACUCGGUAUUCCCGGGCUGGGCAACCCUCUGCCUCCUCUCGGUGCAUCCGUGGUUGGUGGAAGUGCUGCCGCGGCCCCGCUGCCAGGGCUUCCCACACCACCGAUUGCUUCCGCCGACCUCUUCAGCUCGGUCAUUUCAAUACUUGCUGGUGCUCCGACCGUGGCCCCUGCCAGUCCUGGCGAGGCCGGUGGAGCCUUGGAAGGCUUAUUGAGUGUCCUGUCGCAGGUCAGUCCCUUGCCGGCUGGUACUACGGUGCCUCCGGUGGUCCCAACUGGCUCCGGAGGGCUUAUACCGGCGGUCGACGUACUGGGCGGUGUCGCAGUAGCCCUUGACCAUGUCCUCGGGUCAUCGUCAGGCGGCGGCAGCCUUGAUGGAGGAGUCUUGGACCAACUCUCUGCCGAUAUUGUCGCCCCCUUUGCAUCGAUUGCUGCUGAUCCAGCCUCCGUUCUCGCCAAUCCCAGCGCGGCCCUCGACGAUCUUCAGGGUCGUGUCUCCUCAUUUCUCGGCUGCCUGCCGUCCGCGGUGGCUGUCGGCGUGCAGCUUGCAAGCAACGUCGGGGGACAGAUUGCGGAUGCUCUCAAUGCCACGACAGAGGUCCUGGACAGUGUGCCGGAUGUCGCUGCUGGCGUGGCCGAUAAGAUCGGCUUUCUCCUGAACGCCGCUCCUAACCUUGCCACCGGCCUUCCUGCCGCCGCCCUCUCUGCGGUCAACCAGCUGGGGUCUGUCCUCGACGCCGACCCGGACCUCGUUGGGGACCCCAACGGGACUCUCAGUGGCCUGAAGAAGGAACUAUCUUCAGCUCUAGUCGACGCUAGGUCGGGGGUGACAUCUCUGGCGGCAGCAGCUGGCGCUCACGUGGUUGGCGUUCUUCCGCCUGUGCUUCAGGGCCCCGUACAAGAUGUGUUAUCACGUCUCCAAAAUGAUGUGGGCGGGCCUCUUUGCCAAGUGUCCGAUGUUGUGGGUGGAACAGCCAUCAUUUUCAAUGUUCCAUGCGGCUCGGACGACCCACUGACCUCAGGUCUCGGAGCAAUGACGACUGCAACGGCACCUGCAACGGCCUCAGCCUCCAUCACAGUAGAGGUGGCCUCGCCUUCAAGUCCUACAUCCGCCCCUAGUUCACGGCCGCCACUCACUUCCAUUCUGUCGUCUUUAGUAUCGUCGUUGACGUCUGCCGGGAUGACUGACGCCGACGGUGUCGACCCUGCUGUGGUUCCUGCGCUGUCCGGCCUAUCGUCGCUGUUUAACCAGAUAUCUGCACUUUCACUGACCGCUACAACAACCCCCCUUACACCUCUUUCGCCGCCGACAGUGCCGCUGUUACCAAGUACUUUCUGUGACCAAGUCGCCAAGACUACCAUUUACCAUAUCCAGACGAUCACCGCUUUGAUCACGUCAACGGAGGUACACGUCAGUACUGUGACUCGGUUUCCCGCUGGCCUAUCGUCUGGGGGCCUGAGCGGAUCGCCGCCGGCGUCCUUACCGCCCAGCGCUGGUCUUGCUCCUUCUACGCCCGGGGCCGAUGUUGAGGGACCCUGCCCAGGUCGUGGGUAUACAUGCGAUGACUGCCUGGACGGAUGGUUCUGUCCCCCAGUCCAAACUCCUGCGUGGCCAGCUCCUUGUGGGCACGGUUGGCCUUGCUACCAGUGCGAGAGCGGAUGGUUCUGUGUACCAUCGGACACCGCGACUCCGACGUCGUCCGCGAAUGCCCCGGCUGAAUCUAUUGUGUUUCCCACGCCUCACCACCCGGCGACUGAGCGAUACCAAUAUGCCGGCUGCUAUGCCGAUGACCCGAACAGGGUUUUGAGUAAGGCUGAGACGCUGGAUGUGCGCAGAGGGAUGACCAACGAAGCAUGUAUCGGCUUCUGUCAGCGGCAAGGGUUUACCCUUGCUGGAACCGAAGACGGCGAGCAGUGCUUCUGCGGCCAUGUGUUGAUUGGCUCUGCAUUACUCCGGCCUACCCACUGCGACACCCCUUGCACCGGGGACCUUAGCAAUUCCACUGUAUGCGGUGGUCCUUGGGCCCUCAGCGUUUGGGGCCAAGGUGGGAUCGCUCGACAGGAGCCACGGCCGAUCUUGAUACCCGGGGUCUUCUCCCACGGUUCCAACGAAGAGAGAGCCUCACUGGUUUCUGAAAUGAUAACUGCUGUCAGCGAUCGCGCGCCUCCCACAGCAACCGGCGAAGAACUUGGACCCGAUUCUUCAGACGUUCCACUCGGACUGGGCGAGCCCGUGCCAGGCAAUUCCACAAUGGCCCAGUCUCGCAGUGGUAAUAUAGAUGGUUUGCGUGCUGAGCGUGGCGGAAAGGAUUUGGCGACGGGUUCAGAGAAGAGGAGUUGGGGUCCUCGAGGCAAGGCUCGUUGGUCGUAA